UCCUCUUUCCACCUCAGUCGCUAACUGGCCACUGCGCGCUGCAUACACCGACCGUCAACUCGUGCGCAAGCUUCUCGUACACUUUCAUACAUUCAUCCCGAAAAUGCAUCAAAAUGGUCAUUCUUAAACUCGAAACCUGCCGCAGUGACACCAAAGUGACAGAAGUGACCGUGUUUUAUGAACCUAACCACCCGAAAAGAUUCUUUAAAUACAGUUGACCAAGAACCAAGUUCCGGGCUCGUUUCGGAACGGAGCUAUCGACAGAUUAGUCCAACUGCCCUUUCUGUGUCGCGUCAAGAUUUGAACGUCGAAUUGUGUGAAAAAAGUAAUAAUUAAAUAAGCAACUGGCCGAAAAAGUGCGUGAACUUAAUAAAAAUAAAACGAUACCUAUUCGAAUUUUGAACGUAAAAUUGACAUUCUAAAAGUGUUUACUUUUUUGGCAUUUCGAAUUAUUGUUUUGAAAAUUAACUUUUUAAAAAUGGAUAAGCAAAAGUACACGCGCGUUCAGUCUUACGGGAGCAUGAGCUCUGCUAGAAGCGACGAUGACAUGACGGUACACAGCCAACUAUUCCCAUAUCACAAGAAGAUGGUUGUUCCUACAGAGAUCUUGUACGAGGAAGAGCAUCCUCCAUUCCAGCCACUGUUUGCGACAACAAGGCUGUUUGGGAAAGCGAGAUACACCUUUUUAUUGUUCGUGUAUAUUGUCUUUUAUUUUACGUAUUUGAUAUCGGGAGCGUUGGUCUUCUCAGCAUUGGAAGCGCCAUUGGAAAAUGAAAUCAAAUUGGAGGUCAUACGAGCGAAGCAAGAUUUCAUGGCGCGACAUCCAGAUAUCAUAGAUGAGGACCUGGAGUCGCUGCUGGACGUGGUGGUGCGCGCCAGCAACCGCGGCGUCUCGGCAGCCAGAAACGUCACCGGGGGGCCCAACUGGAGCUUCGGACAGUCGCUGUUCUUCUCCUCGACCGUCGUCACCACCAUUGGAUACGGUCACGUAACACCGCUAUCGAAGCCUGGCAAGGUAUUCUGCAUGAUGUACGCGCUGCUUGGGAUCCCUCUGACGCUGGUGCUGCUGUCAGCGCUGGUGGAGCGGCUGCUACUCCCGGCCACCGCCAUGCUGAGGGCACUCAACGCGGCCCUGGGUCACCUCUACCGCCCCUUCACUAUACGACUCGUGCACCUCCUCAUUAUUGUGUCAGUGCUGAUAAUUUUCUUCCUGGUGGUGCCGGCGGUGUUGUUCUCAUCCCUGGAGCCGGAGUGGGACUUCCUGGACUCGUUCUACUACUGCUUCAUCUCUCUCACCACCAUCGGGCUCGGCGACUACAUCCCUGGAGACUCGCCGCAGCAGGAGUACCGCCCGCUGUACAAAGUCGCCACCACUUUCUACCUGCUCAUCGGCCUGACAUUCCUGAUGCUGACGCUAACCGUGUUCUACGACAUCCCGCAACUGAACCUGAGUACCGUCUUCUCAUCCGUCAAGCUUGACGAGGACCCUGAGAAAAUGCGCCUCAGUGGUUCCGGAGUUAUGGGCCCCGGAUACGGAAUCGGCGGACUGGUAAUGAGGGAUGAAUACAACCACCAUGAUCAACGUCGCUCUGUUGUACACAUUCGACCACAUCUGGAUGACAGCCCAAGCCCUGAGGACACCACUCCAGUGCACGCCAGAGACAUGAGAGUUCAUUAAACGCAAACGUCAAAACCCAGCCGUCAAAAUGGCGCGGUUCUAAGCUCAUUCCAACUUUGAAUGUCUUCGUUCGGUAAUUUACUCGUAAAUUCAGUUAACAUUCUUUAAAAUUCAAAAGUAUGCGAAUAAUUUUGGCGGCAAACUCGGCUAUUCGUAAAAAAGUAGGAACUUUUAAAAUGAAAAGAAAGAGUUCUUAUUUCUUAGUUUUUUAAUUUUGUAGUUAUAUUUUCUUUCUUUUAAAAAAUAUUA